CUACCAAGAAAUUACCAAUUUGUGUCGGUGAACUCAUAUAGACAAACCUAUGUGGUAAUCAAACUAUUAGUUAAAAAAAAAUUGAACAUAUUAAGAAGAUUACAGAAUAAUACAUGUAAUCCUCCACUUGUCAGUUCUAUAAAAUAUUAAUUAAAAAGGAAAUUCAAAUUGAAGUAACUAAGAACAGUUUUUUUAGCAGUUAAGCUGAAUUUCAAAAAGCCAUAAUCUUCGCUCUGAAUCUCAUCAGCCCCGGUCUCCUUCUCUAGCUAUAUAUAUACGUGUGUGAUAAAGUCGUACCCUCAAGCCAACACAAUAACAAGAAUGGCUUCUCCUUUCUUCUUUGUGUUCCUUCUCUCUGCGCUUUCACUGGAGAAUACCUAUGCAAGUCCCAAUUACAGAGAAGCACUCUCAAAGUCAUUACUCUUUUUCCAAGGUCAGCGGUCUGGUCGCCUCCCUAGUGACCAACAACUCUCAUGGAGGUCUAGCUCUGGCCUCUCUGAUGGCUCAUCUGCUCACGUAAGACCCUAAAACUGUAUACCCAUAGUCAAGUAGUAAAAGCAUAGUAAAUCCAUCUGAAUAACACGGUAUGAGUUGCAGGUGGACUUGACCGGAGGCUACUAUGAUGCUGGGGACAAUGUGAAGUUCAAUUUCCCGAUGGCGUUCACCACAACCAUGCUUUCCUGGAGCUCUUUGGAGUACGGUAAGAAGAUGGGACCCGAGCUCCAGAACUCCCGUGUGGCCAUCCGUUGGGCCACGGAUUAUCUACUGAAAUGUGCCAGGGCUACACCAGGGAAGCUUUACGUUGGAGUAGGAGAUCCUAAUGGUGACCACAAGUGCUGGGAACGACCAGAAGAUAUGGACACUCCUCGCACAGUCUACUCUGUAUCUCCCUCAAACCCUGGCUCUGAUGUAGCCGCUGAAACCGCUGCUGCUCUAGCUGCAAGCUCCAUGGUUUUCAGGAAAGUAGAUCCCAAGUACUCUCGCUUGCUCUUGGCGACAGCAAAGAAGGUCAUGCAGUUUGCCAUUCAAUACCGAGGCGCUUACAGUAAUUCCCUUUCCUCUUCCGUCUGUCCGUUCUACUGCUCCUACUCUGGCUACAAGGACGAGCUACUAUGGGGAGCAGCAUGGCUACAUAGAGCAACCAACGACCCGUAUUACACAAACUUCAUAAAAUCCUUAGGAGGAGGAGAUCAGCCUGACAUCUUCAGUUGGGACAAUAAAUACGCCGGUGCCUAUGUUCUUCUCUCACGACGAGCAGUACUAAACAAAGACAACAACUUUGAACUCUACAAGCAAGCAGCUGAGAAUUUCAUGUGUAAGAUCCUUCCAAAUUCUCCAUCCUCGUCAACAAAGUACACUAAAGGUGGACUGAUGUACAAACUACCUCAGAGCAAUCUACAAUACGUGACAUCAAUAACAUUCUUGCUCACCACCUACGCCAAAUAUAUGAAAUCCACAAAACAAACUUUCAACUGCGGAAACUCACUAAUCGUCCCCAACGCACUGAUAAAUCUAUCGAAGCGACAAGUCGAUUACGUCCUCGGUGUGAAUCCAAUGAAGAUGUCGUACAUGGUUGGAUUCAGCUCCAAUUUCCCCAAAAGAAUCCAUCACAGAGGUUCCUCUCUCCCGAGCCGAGCCGUCCGUUCCAAUUCUCUGGGCUGUAACGGCGGAUUCCAAUCAUUCAGAACACAAAACCCUAACCCUAACAUAUUAACCGGAGCAAUUGUCGGAGGACCGAAUCAAAACGAUGAGUAUCCAGACCAGAGAGACGAUUACACCCGAUCAGAGCCAGCUACAUACAUCAACGCCGCAUUCGUCGGACCAUUGGCGUAUUUCGCCGCCAGCCGAUCGCCGUAAAUCGCCACUCACUUUAAAGUUGGUUGCUUUGAUUUGAAAAGUUGGUUAGAUAAAUCGGUUAGUCUAAAACCCUUACCGCGUAAUGGGUAAGGCUAUUUCAGAUGUAAACUCUAAUGGGCUUUUAGGUCCAUCAUUAAUGAACUAAUUAGAAACGCCCAUCUUUGGCUCUUAAGUGGUUACGGAACUGAACAGAGGGAUUAAUCUUAUGUGGUGUAAUUAACCCUUUUUCGAGACGACUAAUGAUUCGAAAC